GCCGCAGCCCGGCCGCGCCGUAGGGCCACGCCGGGCGCUCGCCACUUCCGGCGCGUUCGGCUGUUAGUCGGGGGUGGCAGCUCUGUACCAGCGGUUGCCGCAGGAGUGGUCGUGUGCAGGGAUGCUCCGGAGGUCGGCGGUGGCUGCAGUGGGGGCUGAGGCGGCGAGGACAGCGCGGGCCCCUGGGCCUCUCCCAUAAGUCAGCCUCUCUUUCUUGACCGGCCCCUCGGGCUGUGCUGCCGAGGCCCUUUCAGCCUCCGCCUCUUCAGCCUGUAGGCCGGGCCCGCUGCUGCUUCUGAACCCGGAGGCCGGGAAGCCCCUGCCUGGGCCCGGAACCUCCCCUCGGGGGUCGGGCCCGGGCGGGGGGCCCCGAGCUGCUGCCCUCCUUGCCAGCCUCCGAUCCCCAUUUUCUGCUUUUUUUUAGUUAACUUGGAGAGGGGAGGGUGGGUCUUGAUGAAUUGUUCUGGGCUUCCCCGAUGAGGCGGGUCGGGGGGCCGCGCUCUUUUUAGAGGGUCCCCGCGGGGCCCGGGUGGGGAAGCGGUUCUCUUUUCAUGGGCGGGGGACUUCCCGAGACUGCGGGAUCAUGACCUGAACCGUGGGAGCGGGACGAGUCUGAAGCCCAGCUCACCUGAGCCGCCUCUUUCCCCGGCCAGCAUGGCAUCUGAAGAAACCUCCCUCAGGGCAUUGGAAAGUCUGAUGACAGAGUUUUUUCAUGACUGUACAACCAAUGAAAGAAAACGUGAGAUAGAGGCGCUUCUUAAUAACUUUGCCCAGCAAAUAGGAGCCUGGAGAUUCUGCCUAUAUUUUCUCUCCAGCACCAGGAAUGACUAUGUAAUGAUGUAUAGUUUGACAGUAUUUGAGAAUCUGAUCAAUAAAAUGUGGCUUGGGGUCCCAUCUCAGGAUAAGAUGGAAAUCCGUAGCUGUCUACCCAAACUCCUUUUGGCUCACCACAAAACCUUACCUUACUUUAUCCGGAACAAGCUCUGCAAAGUUAUUGUUGACAUUGGCCGUCAAGAUUGGCCCAUGUUCUACCAUGACUUUUUUACUAACAUUUUACAGUUGAUCCAGUCCCCUGUGACAACCCCCCUUGGGCUGAUCAUGUUAAAGACAACUUCAGAAGAGCUGGCUUGUCCCCGUGAAGACCUCAGUGUGGCUCGGAAGGAGGAGUUGCGGAAGCUGCUGCUGGACCAGGUGCAGACAGUGCUCAGCCUACUGACAGGUAUCUUGGAGACUGUCUGGGACAAGCACAGCGUUACUGCUGCCACCCCACCACCGUCCCCAACCUCAGGAGAAAGUGGUGACUUAUUGAGUAACCUGUUGCAGAGUCCUAGUUCAGCCAAACUGUUGAAUCAGCCAAUCCCCAUCCUCGAUGCGGAGAGUGAGUAUAUCUGUUCUCUGGCCUUGGAGUGCCUGGCCCAUCUCUUCAGUUGGAUUCCUCUGUCUGCCAGCAUCACCCCGUCCCUUCUUACCACCAUCUUCCACUUUGCGCGCUUUGGCUGUGACAUCCGGGCCAAAAAGAUGGCAUCAGUUAACGGCAACAGCCAGAACUGUGUGUUGGGUCAGGAACGCGGCCGGCUUGGGGUCCUGGCCAUGUCCUGCAUCAAUGAACUCAUGUCCAAGAACUGCGUGCCUAUGGAAUUUGAGGAGUAUUUACUGCGUAUGUUCCAGCAGACUUUCUACCUCCUGCAGAAAAUCACCAAGGAUAACAAUGCCCAUACGGUGAAGAGCAGGCUAGAAGAACUGGAUGAGAGCUACAUCGAGAAGUUUACUGACUUUCUGCGGCUCUUUGUGAGUGUUCACCUACGAAGAAUUGAGUCCUAUUCCCAGUUUCCUGUGGUGGAGUUUUUGACACUUUUGUUUAAGUACACAUUUCAUCAGCCUACUCAUGAAGGUUACUUCUCUUGUUUGGAUAUCUGGACACUCUUUUUGGACUAUCUGACAAGUAAAAUUAAGAGUCGUCUGGGAGACAAAGAAGCAGUUCUCAACAGGUACGAAGAUGCCCUAGUCCUCUUGCUCACGGAGGUGUUGAAUCGCAUCCAGUUCAGAUACAACCAGGCCCAGCUGGAGGAGUUAGAUGACGAGACUCUGGAUGAUGAUCAGCAGACAGAGUGGCAGCGGUACUUACGCCAGAGCCUGGAGGUAGUGGCCAAAGUGAUGGAGCUCCUUCCCACACACGCCUUCUCAACACUGUUCCCAGUUCUUCAGGACAAUUUAGAUGUUUAUCUGGGGUUACAGCAGUUUAUAGUUACUUCGGGAUCAGGGCACAGGUUGAACAUCACAGCAGAGAAUGACUGCCGGCGAUUGCACUGUUCCCUGAGAGACUUGAGCUCCCUGCUGCAGGCUGUGGGCCGGUUGGCCGAGUACUUUAUCGGAGACGUGUUUGCUGCGCGGUUCAGCAAUGCACUCACAGUCGUGGAGAGGUUAGUCAAAGUCACUCUGUAUGGAUCUCAGAUAAAAUUGUACAACAUCGAAACUGCUGUGCCAUCAGUGUUGAAACCCGAUCUCAUUGAUGUGCAUGCUCAGUCCCUGGCCGCUCUGCAGGCUUACUCGCACUGGUUAGCACAGUAUUGCAGUGAAGCGCAUCGGCAGAACACGCAGCAGUUUUUCACGCUCAUCUCCACUACCAUGGACGCAGUCACACCUCUAAUCAGCACCAAGGUCCAAGACAAGCUGCUGCUAUCUGCCUGCCACCUGCUGGUUUCACUGGCCACCACCGUGAGGCCUGUCUUUCUGAUCAGCAUCCCUGCAGUGCAGAAAAUAUUCAACAGAAUCACCGAUGCCUCUGCCCAGCGACUUGUCGAUAAGGCUCAGGUGCUGGUGUGCCGAGCACUCUCUAACAUUCUGCUGCUUCCGUGGCCAAACCUCCCAGAGAAUGAGCAGCAGUGGCCUGUACGCUCCAUCAACCAUGCUAGCCUCCUCUCUGCGCUUUCCCGGGACUAUCGCAACCUGAAAUCCAGUGCUAUUGCCCCACAGAGGAAGAUGCCACCGGAUGAUACCAAAGUGAUUAUCCACCAGACACUUAGUGUCUUGGAAGAUAUUGUGGAGAAUAUUUCCGGGGAAUCCACCAAGUCCCGACAGAUCUGCUACCAUUCACUGCAGGAGUCCGUACAGGUCUCCCUGGCCCUCUUUCCAGCUUUUAUUCAUCAGUCAGAUGUGACUGAUGAGAUGCUGAGCUUUUUCCUCACUUUGUUUCGAGGCCUUAGAGUACAGAUGGGUGUGCCUUUCACUGAACAGAUCAUACAGACUUUCCUCAAUAUGUUUACCAGAGAACAGUUAGCCGAGAGCAUCCUCCACGAGGGCAGCACUGGCUGCCGGGUGGUUGAGAAGUUCCUGAAGAUCCUGCAGGUGGUGGUGCAGGAGCCCGGCCAGGUGUUCAAGCCCUUCCUCCCCAGCAUCAUCUCCCUGUGCAUGGAGCAGGUGUACCCCAUCAUCGCUGAGCGCCCCUCCCCUGAUGUGAAGGCUGAGCUGUUUGAGCUCCUUUUCCGGACGCUCCAUCACAACUGGCGGUACUUCUUCAAGUCCUCUGUCCUGGCCAGUGUCCAGAGGGGGAUUGCUGAGGAGCAGAUGGAGAAUGAGCCUCAGUUCAGUGCCAUCAUGCAGGCCUUUGGACAGUCCUUUCUCCAGCCUGACAUCCACUUAUUUAAACAAAAUCUCUUCUACUUGGAGACACUCAACACCAAACAGAAGCUGUACCACAAGAAGAUCUUCCGGACCACCAUGCUGUUCCAGUUUGUGAACGUGCUGCUGCAGGUCCUGGUCCACAAGUCCCACGACCUUCUGCAGGAGGAGAUCGGCAUCGCCAUUUAUAACAUGGCCUCUGUGGACUUUGAUGGCUUCUUCGCAGCCUUCCUCCCCGAGUUCCUGAGCAGCUGUGAUGGCGUGGAUGCCAACCAGAAAAAUGUGCUGGGGCGAAAUUUCAAGAUGGAUCGGGACCUGCCCUCGUUCACCCAGAAUGUGCACAGGCUGGUCAACGACCUGCGAUACUAUAGACUCUGCAAUGACAGCCUGCCCCCCGGCACAGUGAAGCUCUAGGCGUGGCCUGCUUUCUGCCCGAGGGACACGGACUGCUGCUGCCGCCACCCACGCCACCUCACCUUCCGCCAGUCGUCUCCCAGACGAGUCUCGGUUACUCCUCGGAUUCUUAACGCCCUGAGCAGCAUCGCCUGCCCCGUGCCCCUCCUCCACGACCCUCUCCUGCUGCCCACCCAGCAGAACUGGCCUCCAGGUGUCUCUCAGCACUGGUCGCAGUGCCCAGGACAUUCGGGGCAGGCGGAGGGUCGUGGGUGGGGACGGGGGUGGGGGGCACCAGGAAAUCCCGUGCGGUGCUUCGUGUACAUCUUGUGUCUAUCAGUCAUGAGACUGAAAUGCCAAGGACAGCCUAUGACAGUGCCACCUUCUCACCAUUCCACCUCCCUGCCCCUCUGGCCUCCGGCUAAGGGGAGACAUGACCAGCCACCACGCUGGGACUGUUUUGGCACUUCCGUCACCGCCCCUCCCCCAGUUGCCUUGAAGUCUCAGCUCUGUGUUAGAGAUUUGCAGACUCAUGGUUUUUUUUGUUCUUGUUUUCUCAUCAUUCCAUUGUGAUACUAAGAAACUAAGAAGCUUAAUUAAAAAAUAAAAUGCUUAUGUUGUUGUUAUAUAAACCCUGGUUAGGGGGCUUCUUCGCAGUCAGAGCCUCCCCAGGGCUGGCACCUGGGCGAGGGGCACCGCUUGGCGGGGGAGGGGGCCCGUGUGUGCCCUGGGAGAGCAGAGGAGGAGGACCGGCCUUCGCAGGUGCUGGCCGCAUCCCACUCUCUUUGAGACAGUGUCACCCUUAAGCUCCGUGAAGACACGGGGUCCCCGUUGCUCAUAAUUAGAGAGUUGGGGGUACUUGGUGUCACUGACAGUCAACCUAGUGGUGGAGGUAGGUGUGCAGUCUGGGGGGGCACCCCUGCACUCAUCCUGGCCCCCCAGCUCUGCACCUCCUCCCAGAGGACGGAUCCCUCCCUAAAGUGCCCAGCCAGGCACUGCCCCUCAGUGGACUGGAGGGAGGUGGCUGUCUCUUGAUGGAUCGUCUGAAAGUGGUGGUUGGGAGGGGAGGGUGGGAAAAGAGGUGUCACUGCGAGGGUGGGAGAGAGGGCCUCAGGGCUUACCGGUGUGUCCAGGGGCUGGGGCCUUGCCCAGCCCUUUGCGAGUGGAAUUGACACAUGUCCUCAGAGUUUCUGGGGUACUGGGUCCGCAGUUCCCCCUGCUUUACAGGCCGGAAUGACUAGACGGCAGGACUGGAGCAGUUCUAACUCGGACUCCCAGAUCUGACAGGAAGAGGUUCGCUCACCCAGCAGUAAGGCUUGUCAGAAGAACUGGGGACGGAGGGGGUUGGGGGCUGAUGGCUUCUACUUGUGGGGUCUUUAUAAGAUCAGUUUGGUGAUGGCGGGCUGGGCGAGUGUGUGUGGGUGUUGCACCCUCUCUGUGUCAGUCACAGCCUCUCAGCUGCCACCAGCCCCACUUCAGAAUCCAGGGGGGAGGAGAUUGAGAGUCCAGUUGCCCUUCUUCAGGAAGGAAUUAACAUGCAGUUAUUCUGGGCAAUGAGUACCGCCCCUCCUGCCUGCUGCAGGGGACCAGGAGUGCUGUUGGUGCCUGAGACUAGGAAAGGGCUUUCCGAAUGGCUGGAGUCGGAGCGGGUGAGGGGACUGGUUUUGUUGCCUGGGGGCCCCCCCACCCUUGGAGAGAACACAGGGCAGGACUUUGGGUGGGGGGAGGAAGGUGGGCUUGGAUGAGGUUUCUGACCCAAGACAGCCGGGCAUGGCCCUGGAGCUCCCAGUGUUCGGAGGUGUGCAGGCAGAGGCCAGGGACCUAGAGAGACCUUCGGUCCAGCUUCUCUUCCGCAGUGCCCUACGCAGGGUCUGGCACAGGAGCAGGCCGUACGCACGGGUGGAGUUGGGUGAAUUCUCAGGCUGUUGACAGACCCAGAAAUGGUCUUAUUCUGAGGAAGUGGCCAAGGGGAAGGGCAAUGGCAGGGGGUUUCCCAUGAGGCGGGCUGCUUUCCCUGCCGCCUUUGAACAUGAGGAGGUUGUCCUGGCUCCACUCCGGUGCCCAGGUCCUGCUUGUGCUCUGGUUUUGCCAGUUACAUCUGCUAAAGGCACAGCUACUGGCCUUGGGGAAGAACCCGAUGAAAUGUCACAGUUUUGAGGCCUUUUCAACCACUGCCUACUAUUGGCCUCAUACGAUGGAGGGUUGACUUUUCUUUUAACAGCUGUUUUUUUCUCCUGACUGUAAAAUAUAGAAGAAUAUGUGAAAAGUGCUGAAAACUGAAAGAGUCAUCCACUCUCACUGCUCAGGAAAAAACCUCUGGUAAUAUUUUGGGUAAAUUUUAUUUCCACAUUUCUUUAUAUGUGUGCAAAUGUGCAUGAUUUUGCCUUUCCCUUUUUCUUUU